AAAAGUGUCAUUUCCGGUUCAUGUAUCACAUGUUACUCCUGUGAAAUUGUGAAGUUUGUCCAGCGAUUAUCCUUGAACAGUAACUCAGGAGCUAUCAGGACAAUGCAAACUCUUUUUAAAAACACCGACAGCCUCUGGUAGUUGCGGUAUGUACGUGAUGUUAGCGCCCAGCAGAUGACACAGGACAAAGCAGCGACUCGUUUCACAUUUAGCGUCUAUUUUUAGGUUAAACAGAAACACUUUACCCUCAGUUGUUUUUUUAAGAAAGUUUACUAGCUUCACUGAGGCAUUGCUAAUGUUUUAUGAGGUAUUUAGGGUGUGUUUGGACGGAAAAGAGCGGCCAGAUUUUUGCUCAUGAGGAUCCAUCACUUCAAUAGACAAUCUUUGGACGUCUGGACCAGUCUCCUGUCUCGAGCUUCUCAGCAUGUUAACUUACUGUGUCAGAAACGUCCUGUCCACACGCGCAUCUGUAUUAAAAACCUCACAGCGCAGUACUGUAUCGCUGAUCCUGUUUCACAGCAGAGGACGCUGCAGCACAACAUGGACUAAAGACCUGGAUCAGCUCAGGCCCCUGCUGCAGCUCUGUAUGGACAGGUACUACAUCUCACCUGGUCAGACCAACGCGGAGCUGUUUGGGCGCGGGAUGAGCUGCAGCUACGGACCUCUGGGCAUGGAGCUGAGGAGGAACCUGCUGGAGCAGUGGUGGCACUCCGUGACCUCUGGGUCCAAAGCUCCGGUGUUCGGGAUAAACACCCUGAGCAGCAGCAAGGAUGGAGAGACAGAUGGAGGAGGACAAGUGAGGAUGGUUGAGAGUGAAAAGUUGAAACAGUUACUGCAGCAAGAUGUGAGCAAGGAGCUGAUCCUCCAGGAUGUACAGGCGCUCCUUCAGAGGUCCCCGUCCGUGAGAACUCACCUACUUCAAGGUGCCUUGGAGCAGUUUCUCCCCUCGUUGGAGCUGGUGAACAGGAAGCUGCCUUUUGGCCUGGCUGAGACUGGUCUGUGUUUUCAGCCCUCAGACGGUUCUGGUUGCCCUGCUGAGACCACCCAGAUGUCUCUGGUGUGGUUCUGCUCUCCUCGCACCUCCUCCCAGUGGCUGGAUCACUGGACACGACAGAGGUUGAAGUGGUGGAGGAAAUUUGCCCUGUCUCCCUCCGAUUUCAGCAGCAGUGACGUCCCAGCGGAGGAACUUGUGGAGGCAGCGUCUCGGGGGGUGAGGAUCGUCUACAACUUCCCGUGGGGACAGGAGCCCCUGGAGACGCUGUGGAGCCGAGGAGAUGCUGAACUGAUGCAGACGCACAAAGGAGCCCGAUCCAAACUACAGUGUCGAAACGGGCGCAAGACAGUUCCUCACGUCAUCUCUGUAACAGGGAACGUGGACCGUGGUUUGAUGGCCUUUCUGUCCAACUCACUGCAGCUGCUGAAGAGAGAAGACAGCAAGAAGAGGCUGCAGCAGAGAAAGGUUCUGAAGUUGCAUCCAGUGUUGGCUCCAGUCAAAGUGGCUUUAGACAUUAGCAGGGGAGCCACUGUGGAGCUGAGACGGGUGUGUGAAGGCCUCCUGCAAGAGUUUAUGGAGGCUAAGAUCUCUGUGUGGCCUGGGUAUCUUGACACUAUGCCAACAUCAAUGGAGCAGCUGAAUGCCAAGUACGAUGAGAUGGGAGUGCUGUUCACUGUGGUGAUCAGUGAGAACACCUUGGAGAGCGGCCUCCUUCAGCUCCGCAACAGAGACACCACCAUCAGAGAAACGAUGCACAUCUCUGAGAUUAAGAACUUUAUCUCCAGAUACAUUUCUGCUGCUGACAAAAUCUGACUGGACUUUUGGACACAAACCAUGGACACAAAACUAUUGCACAUCUGCAAGGCAGGGAUGUCCCUGUGAGAAAUAUUUCUGCUGAACACAGCAUGUAAUGAAACAAAAUGAAUCUUUGGUUGAGUGUGGUCCAACUGGGAGCUGUGGAUGUUUUUAUGUCUUCAGGUAUAUUUGGAUGGAUGGGUGAUGAUUUUGUACCUCAUCUUAAAGGCUAUACAUUAUUAUCAUGACUGGUUUUUCAGACUGAGAUGUGCACAGUUUGAGUUCAUGUGCACACACCAACUGUGCAUAUAACACCCAAUUCUUACCAGGGU